CGCUCUCAACGUUUUAUCGCUUUGUACUCCCAACUGCAGUCUAACCUUAUCUCAACCACCUACGCUCUUGGCCGCAACUCCGACUUCGACCUCGUACCGUCCCACGUCGCACGCGUACCUCUUGCUGUCAAAGUCGUGUCGACGUCUUCAUUGUCGACUCUGUGUGUUGUACCCUGCUUCUUGUCAUUUCUUUCUGUCUUCUACGCUUCAUUCACUGGCUUCCCUUCACCAUGGCUUUCCUCGUGUCUUUCGAUGACUCCGACUCGGACUCUACACCUGAUGAGCACAUACCUCCCAAUUCUACUUCCAACCCUUCCGAUAGCAUGUCUCCCCAAUCGAAUCUUGUUCACAGACAGUCAAGGCCUCUUCCUUUGCAGGUAUCGCAACCUGUACCUUCUCCAAAGACAGCUGCUCUGGACACACCUCCUACGACACCUCUGUCGGACAGCAUGCGAACGGUAUCGAUACCAGAAACCUCGCGUGCUUCUAGUGAUAUGUCUCGCCGUUCCGUCGAUUUCACGAUGAACGAUUCUCGGCAUUCUCCCCUGCAAUUCGACUUCUCGGCCACAGACUACACCGUCUCUACCACAAAGGUUCUCGGCGAAGGUCUAUGGAGUAACGUCUAUCUGGCACAACCGACCCCUGCCCGGUCAAAGAGCUCCCGUGAAGUACUCACACCACCUUUGACACCUAUCAAGAGUCGCUCACGACCCGACCCAAAUGUUACGUCGGUCCCGACUGCCUAUGCGAUCAAGACGCCAACCUCACGCUCUGCCCGAAAUGUACUUACGGCAGAAGCGCGAGUUUUGAGCUAUGUCACCGCCAUUCCUGAAGUUUCAUCCUUCGUAGUCCCUUUUUACGGUCAGGACACCCGGAAUGGUGCCCUCGUUCUCGCCGCCAUGCCAGAGACGCUCGAAAUGUUCAUCGACUCCAAGCUGAAUCGCUUAUCAGAAUCAGAUCGUUCCAAGUACUUGGCGAUGAUUUUUCCUUCCUUUGCACUGCGCAUGGUCAAAGGCAUGGAGUCACUGCACUCCGUUGGAGUAGUGCACGCCGAUCUCAAACCUUCAAACAUUUUAUUACAGACGAACACCCAUGGUCCUCCGAAGCCGUUCUAUGCCGACUUCUCCUCCUCAGUACCGCCGCCCCACCUUCAAAUUGUCAAUGAGAAGACGGCCACAUCGCUUGGUGGUGGAACUUGGGAUUUCCUUUCUCCUAUCCUACUUAAAGAAGACAUCAAUCCAACUCCACGAACGGACAUCCAUGCACUGGUCAUUUCAUUCUUGUUUCUUAUAUUUGGUGCUUCGCCCUUCGACUCCGUUGGCAGCAAUGUCUUCCUACGCAGAGAGAUGGUCAAGCAGAAUCAGGCCAUCAACGCCGGUUUGAAUAGUACGCAGAACUUCAGGCGCCUGCAGAGUCUGCAGAAGUCUUUUGAUUGGGAUGUAACGUGCUGGUUGGAAAAGGGGCUUGGAACCAAAGACAUCAAUCUCAAGGCUUGGACAGAAGAGCUCGAGAACAGACUUUGCCGUUAGCUACCGCGCAUGAACCGCAAUUACGAGAGAUGAAAGUACGACAAGAGACAGGCAGUACAAUUUCUUUACACGUUCGUUUUAUACCCUCAUCGCAUGGCUUUCUCUGGCGUCCUCGGCAUCCUUU